AUGCAGAGCAUUGAAGCAGCUAUUCCGUUGGCUCUCUCCAUCUAUGCGUUUUUGAAAGCCUCAGACUACUUGGAAGACCAAGACUUCUGGACACUUCGACUUCGACUAUCGACUAUUGAACAUUGGGUGAUCAUCCCAUCCAUCCUCAUGAUAUGGAUUGUAAUGGCACACGCCUUUGUAUUUGAUUUCCCUCCAUCUCUCUAUCAGUUCAGACUUUCUAUCGGUCUCAUCUUCACUGCAGGAAUUCUCAUAAGCUUCUUCAAAUAUGUUUUGCCGGCUCAUCACAGUCGAAUAUUCCUGCGGUUGCGCUGGAAAGCUUGGGGCGGACCGUCUAGGACAGGAAUAAGAGCAGAACUUGUUCCCUACAUCGGCGAUCGACAAGAUUGGAAGACACUCGAGGCGUUGGCUCGCGUUCAAGGGAAGGCAGCGAUACGCUCCAUUGAAAGAUUCAGCCGCAUGUCCUUCACUCCUUCGCGCAGCUUCAUCAUUUCAGACCCAACCGACCUUCUACAAGCACGAGAAGCUGCGGACCAGAAGGACAGCACGCUGUGGAUUCCUCAGAGCAACACGCGUCAGGGUGUAUUUCAGCCCGUCAUUGCUGGUGAGCCUGCAUCGUUGCUCUGGGGACAGCACGUUGGGUUCCAGAGACGGUGUAGUCGCGGAAUAAUAUCCGUGCCUCGGAAUCUUCUUUCCCAACAGCCUAGACUUCCGAACGGAGUGGAUGCACGGGGGCUCUGCCUAGCAAGUGGCAUCCUCGCCCGCAACAAAGGCAUAAAUCCAACCUCCUUCAUUUGCAACCUCCAAACGAAGGGAAUGAUUAGGACGUUCGAAGAAAACAGCGUAUUUUGGCCUCGUCCAGCGAAGACUUUACGCAGCCUCUUCCAUAGAGAAUGCAAACAUUAUUUCUCCGGCCUCGGCGACGUCUUCGUCACCAUCGCCACCGAGCUCGCCCUCCUCCUAACGGAUGCACCCCUCGAGGUGGUCGAAGAUUGGUUAGACGCCCGGCUCGAGCACCAGGACCUUGAACUCAACAACGAGGCACACGCACUGGGCGCACGAGUAGAGGAGCUUGAGCUUCUUUAUCGCGGUCACUACGGUGCCAUGCUAGUCAGCCUCAGUGCGCACCGUGUUGGGGUCCGUAUUCGUCCCGAGAUGCUUGUCUACGAUGCGGUGUGCAAGAGUGUGGGAGCGAAUGCUGGUGCAUGGGCAUCGUCGGCGGACAUGGAAGAAAGAAGGCAGCGAGAGCUGGAAGCUUUAGGGCCAAGGGUAAUGAAUUUAGUAGCUGCCAUUGUGUGA